GAUGGAAGGAAACAAGACAUCCACUUUGACAAGAUAACAUUUAGAAUUAAAAAAUUGUGUUAUGGACUCAACCUUGAUUUUGUUGACCCAGUGGUAGUGACUAUGAAAGUCAUAAAUGGGUUGUACCCUGGCGUGACAACAGUUGAGUUAGAUAAUCUAGCAGCUGAAAUUUGUGCAACUUUAACAGCCAAGCACCCAGACUAUGCCAUACUUGCUGCAAGGAUUGCCAUGUCCAAUCUCCAUAAGGAGACCAAGAAGAUAUUUAGCGGUGUGGUGUCUGACCUCUACAACUAUUACAACCCACUCACCGAGCAAAACACCCCAUUGGUAUCGAAAGAGUUUUACAAUAUCGUCAUGGCAAAUGCUGAUCGACUCAACUCUGCCAUCAUCAAUGACAGAGACUAUGGAUACACUUACUUUGGGUUCAAGACACUAGAAAAAUCAUACCUGUUGAAGAUGGACAACAAAGUGGCAGAACGCCCCCAACACAUGCUCAUGAGGGUUUCUGUUGGCAUCCACGGCCAGGACAUCGAGUCUGCCAUCGAGACGUACAAUUUGCUGUCUGAGAAAUGGUUCACACAUGCUUCUCCCACCCUCUUCAAUGCUGGCACGAACAAACCCCAGCUAUCUAGCUGUUUCUUAGUAGCCAUGAAGGAAGACAGCAUAGAGGGGAUCUACGACACCCUCAAGCAAUGCGCCCUCAUCUCAAAAUCGGCGGGGGGUGUCGGGUUGGCCAUCCAUUGCAUUCGAGCUACUGGUACAUUUAUUGCCGGGACCAAUGGUACAUCUAAUGGCCUGCUUCCAAUGCUUCGUGUCUACAACAACACUGCUAAGUAUGUGGGCCAAGGAGGAAAUAAGAGGCCAGGUGCUUUUGCAGUUUACUUAGAACCAUGGCAUGCAGACAUUUUCGAUUUUCUUGACUGCAAAAAAAAUACAGGCAAAGAAGAAUGCAGGGCGCGAGACCUCUUCUUUGCCCUCUGGGUUCCAGAUCUGUUCAUGGAGAGGGUGGAACAGGAUGGUGACUGGACCUUGAUGUGUCCCCACGAAUGUCCGGGGUUGUAUCAAACCUGGGGUGAUGAUUUCAGAGCCCUCUAUGAAGAGUACGAGAAGAAGGGCAAAGGUCGCAGAGUUGUCAAAGCUCAGGAGCUCUGGUAUCAAAUAAUCACAUCACAGACUGAAACAGGCACUCCUUACAUGUUGUACAAGGACAGUUGUAACAGAAAGUCGAACCAGCAGAAUCUGGGAACCAUUACAUGUAGCAACCUCUGCACUGAGAUUAUUCAAUAUUGUGAUCCUAAUGAGGUAGCUGUGUGUAACUUGGCUUCCAUUGCAUUGAACCAAUUUGUAAAGUCAGAUCGUACGUUUGAUUUUGAGAAGCUGGAGUUUGUUGUUGGUGUGGCAGUCAAGAAUUUGAACAAAAUCAUCGAAGUCAACUAUUACCCAGUGCCUGAGGCCAAAGUGAGUAACAUGAGACACAGACCAAUAGGACUGGGGGUUCAAGGCUUGGCUGAUGCCUUCCUGCUCAUGAGGUUACCAUUUGAAAGUGAAGAGGCCCAACAACUGAACAAGGACAUCUUUGAAACAAUUUAUUAUGCAGCCCUCAAAGCAAGCUGCUCAUUGGCUGAGAAGUUUGGUCCCUACGAGACAUACCAGGACUCACCAGUCAGCAAGGGGAUCCUGCAGUUUGACAUGUGGAAUGUUGAUCCAUCAGAUCGACAUGAUUGGACCUCGCUCAGAGAAAACAUUAAAAAGUACGGCGUGAGAAACAGCCUGCUGGUGGCCCCAAUGCCUACAGCUUCGACAGCACAGAUUCUCGGUAACUGUGAAAGUUUUGAGCCCUACACCAGCAAUAUUUACACCAGGAGGGUGCUGUCCGGGGAGUUUCAGGUGGUGAAUCGCCAUCUCUUGAAAGAUCUUGUUGAACUAAAUUUAUGGAACGAUGACAUGAAGAAUUUGCUGAUUGCCAACAACGGAUCUGUCCAGAAUAUCGACUGCAUCCCCUACCACAUCAAGCGCUUGUACAAAACAGUCUGGGAGAUCUCGCAGAAGACGAUAAUCAAGAUGGCUGCCGAUCGAGCCCCCUUCAUUGAUCAGAGCCAGUCACUGAACAUUCACAUUUCGGAACCUACCUAUGGAAAGCUUUCCAGUGUGCAUUUCUACUGCUGGCGGAUGGGUCUGAAGACGGGCAUGUACUACCUGAGAACUCGACCAGCUGCCAACGCCAUCCAGUUUACUGUCGACAAAUCUAAACUGAAAAUUCAAAAUAAUAUCACAAUUCAAAAUGGCCCCGCUACUCAAAAUGUGUCAGAAAUCAUGGAGGUGGGGGUCUGUUCCCUGAAGAACAAAGAUGAGUGCCUGGUGUGUAGCAGUUAGGAGGAGGUGUGUAGAAGUGGUGGAGAGGAUUUGCUUGCUUGUACAUAUUCACUAUGUUAUCUAACUGGACUGUGAUGAUAGUGCUUUUUAACCAUUGGUGUUUGUAAAUUUUUUAAACCUUUUUUAAUUCUAUUUUACGUCUUUGGAUUUUAUCUAUUUUCUUUUUUACUUUUUUUUAAACCCACAAUAACGUCAAUAAUGUAAAUAGUUGUUUGUUGACUGACGAUGAUAUUAACAUUAAUUGAUUCCAUAUAUGAUGUUGAAUCAAGAUUUAUGAUUGUUACAUUUAUAGCUGCAUAUAUAAUAAAAUAUACAAUUUUACAAUGAUGUAUGUUUACAAUUUUAUGAUUUCAAUUGCAUGCAAUAUGUACCAUAUGGGAGAUGGAAAAUUUUAAAACAUUCAACAACUUUUGUUACAUGGG